AUGGACCCCACGACCGGCACAUCCAAACCGCUCUCCAGCGACCUCCCCGCGAUGUUUCGGCCCCCGGUGAACCGGGCGAUGCGAGUCCUUGACCGCUCGUUCUUCCGCAAAACAGUGCCUCUCUCCGCGGCGACGGUGUUCAAGAACUCGGAUAUCUCCAAGGUGCGCGGGGAGUUGACCAAGAGCCGGGAUUUGUUGGCGUUACCGAGACUUAAUUGUAUUCGGGAGUUGAAGGGGGCGGAUGAGGUUGUUAGGAAGGCGUUGUUGCUGAGGGAGGAUGUUAAGCAUGAUGAUACGGCGACGUGGUCUCCGAAGAUCAGUGAGCUUGUUGAGAAGGGGACCGUUGGGUUGGGGCUUUAUGAUUUGGAGUUGGAUUAUGAUUAUUGGACUUAUGCCGAAAUCAUCUCUUCGAUUCUGCCCGAAGAAGAACUCCACGAUGCUCCCGUUGGAUUUACACAAGUUGGCCAUGUUUUGCACUUGAACCUACGUGAACAAUUCCUACCCUACAAGUACCUGAUUGCGGAGAUCCUGAAAGACAAGAACAAGAGCAUCCGCACCGUCAUCAACAAGACCGAAGAUGUGGGCUCUCACAGCCAGUUCCGCACGUUCCCAUUUGAGCUGUUGAUCGGUGACGAGGAUAUGAACGUCGUUCAGCACGAGCAGGACUGCGAGUUCCACUUCGACUACUCGCGCGUGUACUGGAACAGUCGUCUGGAGACGGAGCACCGUCGGCUGGUGGAGAAGUUCGGACAGGGUGAGAUGGUCUGUGAUGUGAUGGCCGGCGUGGGGCCAUUUGCAGUCCCGGCUGGUAAGAAGAAGAUUUUCGUCUGGGCGAACGACCUCAACCCGCACGGGUGGGAGGUUAUGCAGGACGCCGUGAAGAGGAACAAGGUCCAGGAAUUUGUGAGCCCCUUUAACAAAGAUGGACGGGAGUUUAUCCGCUGGUCCGCCAAGGCACUUCUCGAGGAGGAGCCGGUGACUGUCACCAUCAAGCCCAAGGCGCGGAGAGAGAAGAGAAGGAAGACCGAGAACGAACAGGAGCCGGUAGCCCCCGCGCCUCCGCCGCAGGUGUUUAACCGCCCGACCAUCUUCGGCCACUACGUGAUGAACCUCCCCGCAACGGCUAUUGAGUUCCUCGAUGCCUUCCCCGGUCUGUACGCCGGCAAGGAGGAGCUGUUUGCGCCUCACACGUCUACACCCCUCCCGAUGAUCCACGUGUAUUGUUUCUCUGGACACUCGGAGAACGAGCUGGACGACCACAUUGACAUUUGCGAACGUGUUUCCGAACGCAUCGGGUACAAGAUCACCCCCGAGGACCGGGUCGGAGGCAGUGGAAACCAGGAACUAGAGCUGGCGAUCCACAAUGUGCGAUUGGUCAGCCCGAAGAAGCAGAUGUUCUGCGCCAGCUUCCGUCUGCCCAAGGAGGUGGCGUUUAAAAAGGAGUAA